UUCCACUGUACGAGUACAUCUUACCCUUAGAUUGUUACCCACAUGUGGCUGUUAGUGGGCAAUACCGAGUCUUGUAAAGAGUUCAGCAUAUGGCUGCAACCCGGUAGAUCCUAUACCGUUGGUCGCAAAGAUUCCGACAUUGUAUUAGGAAGUGACAAGUCAGUUAGUCGUACACAUGCAGUUCUAAGCGUCUCUCCACCCUUGGAUGUGGAUAAACUCGUUCACCUGGAUGCGCGGACACAGGUGUCGGUGAAGGAUGAUGCUUCAAAGUUUGGUACGUUUCUCAAUGGAGGAGCCAAACGCAUUUGCGGAACAGAAGACAUCAAGGAAGGUGACGUGGUGAGGUUUGGCGUGAAUGAGUCAGCAUUUCGCCUGAAAUACGUCCCUGUCGUACUGUGCUGUUCUGGGCUGCGAGCGAAACAACGUGGAGAGAUUAAUGAAUUGGCGCGACAGUAUGAUUUCAAGUCCUUCAAGGAUUGGACUUCGUCUUGUACACAUCUGGUGGUAUCGACGCUUAAAAUCACCAUGAAGGUCGUCCUUGCACUCGCACAUCACCGUUAUAUCGUUGGUGAGGCAUGGGUACGAGCCUUUUCCAAAGCUGAUCCGAAGAAUUUUGCGAUGCCGGACCCACUCCAAUCACUGCCAGUAGCGACAGACGACUCUUUGGAUUUGAGCAAGGUCUCCUUUGCGCCGGAUCCAAGUCGUGCGAUAGUGCUGACUGGUCAUCAAUUCGUCGUUUUCAGUGACGAAGAGUUCAAAAAUUUGCAAAAAGUUGUGACCGCAGCAGGUGGUGAAAUUUACAACUGGUCCGGAAUUCAGCAACAGAAUGGGAUGGAACGCCUGCAAGACGCGUUGCGGGGCCUGCACAAGCCAUGUGUCGUGCUCCCUAAUGGACAACUUAGCGGAACUGUGAUGUCGGCCAUAACCCUGUUGCGUCUGAGGUUGAUCCCUCAAGAUGAUAUUGCAAAAGCAAUAUUAUUUGUCUCUGGUGACCCAUAUUGCAAUAACAUGGAAUCGCCUGCUACCGAACCAAAUGGGUUUACCUCACCCGUUGGCGAUCAACCUCAGUCCGCCAUUGAAUCAAAUCGCCAACCAUCGACAUCGCAAUCGUUGCGAGUACCGAAGGAAGAAUCAUUAGCACCAUUACGACCGGGACUUAUACCAGUACGAAAAGGUUUCGAUGACUUUUUGGAUAAUCUGAUUGAUGGGACCAUAGGAUUGUCAUCCAUCCCCCAAGAUACCUCGGGCCAAAGUCAGGUCAAAUCUGAACACGAUUCGGCACCCAAAGAGCGCCCUUCCGUUGUGUCGUUAGCUGAGAAGCUUGGUCUUAAAAGCCGUACAGAUUCCUGGGAUGGUCAAAAGCUGACUAAUAGUAUAGGCGAGAUCCGAGACGAGGAAACGCUGCAGCGAUCAGAUCCAUCGCGACGAAAACGGAGGAGAGGCGAUGUUAGUGGCGAGUCGGUCAAAUGUGUGAACGAUCAGAACCGGCCGACAACACCAGACGGCGCUAGCGAGAAGCGACAAAGGCGAAUGGAUGAGAUCGAUUCGAUCAUCAAUCCAGGAGAAACGGCCCCCCAUCCGAUCCUAGAAGCAUCCCCUGGUGGGAUUAGUCAUGAGAAGACUAAACAAAUAGGUUGCGCUGAUACGCUAAAAACUCCAAAUGGAGCUCUAAAAGUCCCAGUGCUGUCCAGUAUGUCCAUGAAGGGCGUUGAGGACGCUCCCGAGGAUGCUACCAGAUUGCUACAGAAGCUAGCCAGGGAAGGACAGUCUCAGACGGAAACCAGCGUCAGUCGGACAUUGGAAGAUGUCCAAGAUUUGAAAGGGCUUGUCAGUGUGGAAGUCGUGCCAUUAGUUAUAGGGCGACCAUCACCCCCACCGACCAUAGCACGAGGCAUUGGACCAAAUUUCAAGCGCUUUCAGAAGAAUCAUUACCCGCAAAAAGAUAUAUUACAGCGACGAAUUAUAAGAAACUUACAGCCGUACGAAAAAGGCGGGCUGCGAGUACUUGGUAGUGACGGACAGGGAUGGUUACAAGCCAAGCUGACUCCUAACAGCAAGCGUAAUGAACAGCGUGAUAGGCAUGUACGCACCUUUAACAACCACGAGAGUGAAAAGGAAGACGACGAUAACGAAGUUGAUGUAAAAGAUGACAUGGAGAGUGUGAUUUUAGCCAAUGAUGAUGCCGCGGAGACGAGUGCACCAGAUGGUCCACCGACUGUUAAUAGGAUUAGCCUGGACGAGCAUAGUCAGCAAGGAUUUCUCCAGUUUGCGGCGAGGCGAAGUAGGCGAUGACUUGGAAGGUAUCUAAAAUCUACUAUGAAAAAAAACAAUGCCCACUGUCC